AUGCGCUCUACGACUCUCCAACGUGUGUGGCGCACCUGUGGGAAAGAGCGUGCAGGGUGGUCCGUGACACGAGUCUACCGGUCCCCACAGCGCAAGGUAGGGACGUCGGCGCCGUCUUCGUCUGCCCGCUCCGAGCCCCCCCCGCACCUCUUCGAGAACCCUGCUUUACGGAAGCAGGAUGAUCGGGCUUUACUCGAAGCCGUUCUUUCGUUCCAGGCCGUCACCUGGGCCAAUGACACCAUCGACGCCCUCGAUAACCCGCGUGACGGGCGAGGCGUCUUUUUCGACUUCUCCACGUCGACCUGCACCCUGUGCGGCAGCACCCUUUCCGGGAGCUAUGCGCUGCACCGAGGCUCCGUGGACCACGCGGCGCGCCUCGCCGUCGUCAAGCGUGCACUGGGGCUCUUCCACACCUUCUACAGCCAAGUCCAAUCCGCUGACCCGACGCUACCGUCUCAUGCUUCGUCGUCCUCGCGGCGUUCUGGCAGCGUUGGCGGCACCGGCGGGUCAGCGUCGCGCUCCGCCGCGGCACAUUCGCGUUACCACAAAAACUACAGCAAGUCUUUCUUCUUUGACGAGGCAGCCGUGCCGAGCCACGAGCUACUCCACCAUCGUCCCCAGUCGCUGCGUGAGGUGGACUUGGUGGACGUGCUGCUGAAGCGAUGGUGGCGCACGCUGCACCACGUCCCCCUUGAAAAGGGAAACUACUCCUUCAACCGCAUCCUCUCCCUCUCCGCGGACGACGUGCAAACCCGACUGCACCGCCUGCGCUACCUCCUCUUCUUUCUCACCUCCCGCGGUGUUCUGCGAUCCUCGAUGCCGGUGGGGGCGCGGGACGAUGGUGGGCCCUGCAGCACAUUCGCCCCCAACCUUCCCCACACGGAGGACUUUGAGCGUUACGAGAUGAUCGGCGACUUGGAGUUCAAAACAAUGACGUCGGAACGCGUACACGCGCUGUUCCCCGCCGACGAGGGUGGGGCCAGCCUCGUUUUGAACGAAUUCGUGCGCGUUUUAGAUUCGAACCACGGACUCCUCGCCAUUUACGACUACGUUGACAUCAACAGGAUGCUGUCUCUUUCUCUGGCGAAUAACAAGAACAAGGCCGAUGUCGUGGAAGCCCUGGUGGGGGAGCUACGGGCGCUGCUGUGGUCGACCGAGGUGGUGUACAACACGGACGCCUACCCUGCUCCAGGGAACCGCGCCACUACGGUGUACCUGCACAGUGUGGUGCAACACACGUUGUACGAGCUGGGCCACGUCGUCUUCAUGUGGCGCAUCGACUCCACCCUGCGCAACGCAAAGGGAGUCCUCAUGGACUGUCUGGAGAAGGAGUUUUUAGCGAAGAGGAGAAAACGACACGGUCAGAACGCAGCAGUGGCGACGGAGGCGGAGCGGGGCCCCAAGGCGCCAAGGAACGCGCUGCUCCCGCUUCUGUUGCUGUGGGAGCGCCAGCCCAGCGUGGCGCGCACCGCCGAGGAGUUCGCCACAUUCGCCAUGGCGCGGCGGCCUGCCCGACCUCCUCGAGUUUUCCAAGCGCAGCUGCAGCAACUGUCGCCGUCGCCGUGCGAGCAGUCAGCAGAGCGGCGCCGGCAACUCUCCGUAGAGCGAUUAUGGAGCUCUGCUGAGCUGAUGGAGAGGAUGAAGACCGACGUGGCAGCGCCACUCGCCUCGGAGCGUUGUGCGGGCGCGUCACCGUGGGCAGAGGAGAAUCGACACGGUGACUCGACCGUGUCGACAUCACCUCCUGAACUGUGCGCCGCCACGUCCACCGCAGUGCUCCUACCGGAUUUCCAACCGACGCCCUGUGCGCAGCGCCUGCCCUCACCCUCCUCGGCGGAAAAGAGAACGUUGGUGCGAGAGAACUGCGUUGUUUUACUGGACCCUCUACCACCGCCUUCGACGAGGUGA